GUCAUUUUUUUUUUUUCUGUGCAUGUUGUUGUUGUUAUUGCGUAUGUCCAUAUAUGUUUAUUUUCUCUCUCUCUCUCUCUUUUGAUUUUUCUUUUAAAUGCUCAAAAAGUUCUUUUAUAAACGAAAGCGUCAGGAACCAAAACGACAUAAUACAAGCAAGAUUACAAUGGAUGCAGCAUCCAUUGCGAUUCUGACACGCCAUUUCUCACCCUUAAGUUGUCGAGCCAAGUCGCCUUCGGAUUUAUUGGAUAUUGUAGGCUAUCCACACAGUAUUGUGUUUAGUCCUGUGUUUCAAAGCGCUACACCUGCUGCCAUUACUGCACCUGUAGCAGCAACAGCAGCAGCAGCAGGACCAAUAACAACAGCAGAGGAAAGCGUGCGACUACCGGUGGCGGUGCCUAAACAGGUGCGGCUGACGGUUCGAAAUGCGCUGACGCCACAAGAGGUGAUACUGUUAGAGACGAGCCGAGAGGACAAAACGUUGGUUGAAGAAAGGGACGGUAUGGAUGAACAAUUGGAGGCGUUAAAGCAACGAUUAAACCAAUUUGAAGAAGAGAGAGAAGGAUGGCGAAUCAAAUUACGAGUGUAUAUGCAACGAGAAGAACAGUUACGAAAGAUCAUUCGAGAGAAUCAAGCGAGAAUUAAACAGCUUUCAAAUCGAUAUGGAUAUAUGAGUAAAUCUUAUUAUCCAGACUCUUACAUAUAUCAUCAAUACCAGUAUGGGGAUCAUUAUUAUAAUCCUGAUCAAAUAGCUUAUCCUUAUCCUUAUUAUACAUAAAAAAAAAAUUUUUUUUUUUAACGGCAAA